UUACAAAACAAAUUUGCACUAGUUGGCAAUUGGCAUCACGUCUGCCUAAUUUUUGGUUAAUAUUUAAUUAUUUAUACAAUUUCAAAUACAUGCUAAGCGAUUUUAAUUUUAUCAUUUUAUAGUUCUAAGAUGAAUUUUCCCGUUCUGAAAAAUGAUCGCAUCUUACGGGCCGCAAGAGGCGAGGAUGUUGAUCGGAUUCCCAUAUGGGUGAUGCGACAAGCUGGCCGAUAUCUGCCUGAGUUUAGGGAGUUACGGUCCCGUCAUGACUUCUUCACUAUAUGCCGCACUCCGGAGCUAGCUUGCGAAGUCACGCUCCAACCGAUCAAGAGAUUCGAUUUGGACGCUUCUAUUAUUUUUAGCGACAUCCUUGUAAUUGUUCAAGCGUUAGGCAUGGAUGUCGAGAUGCAACCCAGCAUUGGACCCGUUAUAAUAGACCCUUUACGGGAACCUUGUGAUUUGGACAGACUGAAAGAACACGUUGAUGUUCAUAAGGAGUUGGGAUAUGUGUUUGAGGCUAUAACGCUUACUAGGCAUCGACUCGACGGUCAAGUACCUUUAAUAGGGUUUAGCGGUGCCCCAUGGACAUUAAUGUGUUACAUGAUCGAAGGCGGAGGCUCUAAAACAAUGUCAAAGUCCAAGAAAUGGCUAUAUACUUAUCCAGAAGAAAGCAAACAAUUAUUACAGAAACUCACCGACGUUAUAAUAAAAUAUUUAAUAGAACAAGUAAAGGCCGGCGCUCAAAUGCUACAAGUAUUUGAAUCCAAUGCCGAACACUUAAACUUAGAACUAUUUAAUAGGUUUAGUGGCCCUUAUAUAUCAGCCAUUUGUAAAGGAGUCAAAAACGAACUGAAAGAACAAAGCGUACCCAUGGUAGUGUUUGCCAAGGGCGGGCAUUACGCUAUAAAAGAAUUAUCCACCCUGGGAUAUGAAGUCGUCGGCUUGGAUUGGACAGUUGAUCCUGUUAAAGCGCGAAGAAUCGUUGGCGACAAUAUUACUUUACAAGGCAAUUUGGAUCCUUGUGCUCUAUACGGACCAACCAAUCAAAUUAAAGAAAUGGUUAAAAAUAUGAAAACUAAAUUCACCAACCGAAGGUAUAUUGCAAAUUUAGGUCAUGGCAUUUAUCCCGAUGUUGAUCCUGAACAUUUGAGAGCAAUGAUUGAUGCUAUACACGAAAGUUAAUAUGUCACAUAAAAACCAGACAAUUUGUUUAAAGUAUAAUUUUAAGCUAAGAGAAAUUAUUUUUUGAUGUAAUAAAAUUUGUAUUAGGGUAUUGUUAAAAAAAUGUAACAAAUUUAUUGGAAUUUCAAUAAAUGGUAUUUGGUUGAAUUUUA